ACAAUGUUCAAAGUUUGGUACACGUCAGUUUAACAAAACAAAACCCCGGCCUUGCUCGUUCCGCCUACCCCGGUCAACAGCAAAAAGGAUUGGUGUUUUCGCGAGUCUCAACGAAGCUGCUGAUCUCAGUUCCACAUAGAAACGACCCGGGCAGGGUGUGCUAGGUUGGCAGUGCUGCGUUAUCACCUAUCUGACCUGACCAGCAGCAAGUUGGCAUACGUACCAUAACGUUGCGAAGGAUACACGUGUCGCUGUGAUGAGACAAACCGGUGGAAUUAUAGCCUGUUUUCUGGUCCUGGCCUUGCUGCCAUUCCUGUCACUCGGAGACAUAUCGAAGCCACCAUCGUAUUCGGCUGGAGGAGGCACCAAAAAGGAUAAACUAAAGACUGAAAAGCUACCACCAUGCAAGGCGUGCACAGUGUUUGUGAAUUCGUUUCGCGAUGGCAUCAAGCGUACGGAACGUGCGAAGCACGACGGUGGUGACGCGGCCUGGGAGGAGGAACGGUUGGGCAGCUACAAAACGAGCGAAUUGCGGUUGGUAGAGAUACAGGAGCGCCUUUGCACGGAUGUCGUCCGUGGUGAGGACCAGUGCCAUCAGCUGGCGGAAGAAUAUGAAUCGCAGAUAGAGGAAUGGUGGAAAAACCAUCAAACUACACAUCCAGACUUGCACCGAUGGUUGUGCGUGGAACAGGCGACCGUCUGCUGUCCGGAUGGAUUCUACGGACCGAACUGUGACGCUUGCCCGACAUGCUUCGGCAAUGGCAAGUGUAAAGGAAACGGCACACGCAAGGGCAACGGAAAAUGUGCCUGCGACGAGGGAUACACCGGCGAUAACUGUGAUAGCUGCACCGAAGAAUACUAUCAGGCCUUCCGGGACGAAACGAAACUGCUCUGCAGCCGAUGUCAUAUUGCGUGUGCUUCCGGUGGCUGUACCGGCGCGGGACCGAAUGCAUGCCGGGUGUGUCGUGGCGGAUGGGUAAUGGACGGUACCCGCGGAGGCUGUGUUGAUGUGGACGAAUGCAUUAAAGAAGCGCCAUGUACAAAGCAACAGUUUUGCGUAAACAACGAAGGAUCGUACAGUUGUUUAGAGUGUGAUAAAUCAUGCGAUGGCUGCCAUGGUGAUGGUCCCGAUUUAUGUGAAAAAUGUGCCGCAGGAUACGAACUAAGAGAUGGAAUGUGCACAGAUACGUCCAACGAGAAGCGUAACCAGUACGCCACCUUUACGCGUUACCUAACCUACCUCGGUCUGUGCAUUGCUACUUGCAUCGUGCUACAGAACUCGACCUGGCUCGCGGCACUGGUUGGAUUAGCCGUCGCCGUAUACAUUUCCGUUUCGGAGUAUUGGCUCAACACUGCCCCACAGCAACCGGCGGCACCGUCGCCACGGAUUUUAGACGAGAUUCUUCAACAGCAUUAAAAAUAGAACUCCCGUCGGUAUCAUAAUUGCCUGGGUCCGUUGGGAAAGCGCUGAACGAGGGUUGUGAUGCGGGGGAUUCGUCCAUCGGCUCAAUUUUAACUGCAGCAAUAUUAUGAAGUGUUGUGCGUAGAACUACCGACACAUAUGGAUGGUGAUUAUUUUUGGAGUUGUCCUAGGACAGCUGCGUUGGUGUAUGGUCUAAUGAUGCGCCAAAAAUACAGCCGAACAUUAAUCUUCCAUGUGUAGUGUAAUACGUUUGUGCUAGCUUAUCAGAAAAAGGUAGCAUCAACUCAAACAGUCUGAAACAAAAUGCAACAUGUACGGAGGGAAGGGGCAUUUAACGUAAAACAAAUUAAAAUAAACUUGACAAAGGAAAAGUACUAAACUUCUAAGGAAA